GCGUUUUCAGGUUGCGGAUCAGGUUUUUAAUUGAAAGCUUCAACAAUCGAGAUGAAAGUAAAAAUGACGCAAAUCGUACCCGCAGAUUCCGCACCCAUCAAACCGCCGUCAAAUUUACACAAGAGUCGAGCCUUGGAAAGAUAUCACAGAGUUUCUCUUCAAACUUGCAUUCGCAGUGCUGAAGAGUUCGCCGAAACUUCAGAGAGUUAUCAGGGAAUGUGGUAGUUGACUUGAGUCUGAAACAGAUUGGCAGAGCGCCUCCACUCUUCGAAAACAUGAAUCGAGAUUGAUGAGCUCCACUCGUCCGAGAGGCUGAAGCAUAAUGCCAGCUUGAUGAGCUCCGCUUGUCUGAGGCACGAUCACAGCUAAAAGAAAAAGGUGUCAAUGACAGAUGGCGGUUAACAUGGACUUGAGCGGCGGAUCGUAGCAGAGACUCAAUUUCUUCUGUCUCUUCGAACCCCAAGAUACUUCGGUCAGACAUCAAACAGCAGUCUCGCCUGCUUCUGAUUAUGCUCCGACAGCAACUGUCCAAUUCCUUUCACGAGAAGGAAGAUCCAGCUUUCUCCUCUCUUUCAUCGUCUUUACUGACUUGGAUUGUUCUACGUGUAGGAGGGAUUCGCGAUGCAUCAUCUCGCAUUUCAAUCCUAAGAGGUAAUAUCUCAAAGUAUGUGGCCAAGGGCAAGAGCUUCGUAAGUUGGCAAGUGGCGAUCCAUAAGUUGUCGAAGGGCAAGAGCUUCGUGGCGAAGGGAAGAGCUUCGUGGCGAAGGGAAGAGCUUCGUGGCGAAGGGCAAGAGCGUUGUGGCGAAGGGCAAGAGCUUCGUGGCGAAGGGCAAGAGCUUCACAAGCUUCACGUGCGUUAUCAGUUGGUAAGUGCAGAUCCAUAAGUCGUACAACUUGUACUAUGUGAAAGGCUAAGUGGAGGUCUAUGUGUGUGGAUGAAUUCAGUCACAUUUCUACUGACCGAAACGGAGUACUUAGUCCUAUGAAUCCUAUGAAUAUGGGUAUACUCAGAAGCUUCAGUUGUGCUGCUAUCAGCUGUCAGUGGACAUCCAUAAGUAGCCGUUCUAUGCGGAUGUGCAAUGCGAAGUGGAGUCCUCUUCCUGAUGAGGUAAGUUACAUCCGCACUGAGUGCAACAGACUGAUUCCCUUGAGAUAAGCUACAAUUAUAUGAAUGAUUAUUUCAAUGAUAUGAUAAACAAGAGUACCCUGC